CUUCCUCAUAACUCAUAACAUAUACUCCAUUAUUACAUCUUCAAACACAAUCUUUGCAAAAUUGUAAAUCUUAAAACAAAAUACACAAAUGACUAAAGAUGAAGACUUCAAGCUUCUUAAGCUCCAGACUUUUGUGCUGAGAGUUAACAUACAUUGUGAUGGGUGUAAGAAGAAAGUUAAGAAACUUGUUCACAGAACUGAAGGGGUGUAUAAGGUCAGCAUAGAUGCAGAACAACAGAAGGUAACAGUUUCAGGAAGUGUAGAUGCAGCAACUUUGAUUAACAAACUUACUAAAUCGGGAAAACAUGCACAACUUUGGUCACAAAACAUCAAUCAAACCCAUAACCAAAAUCAGAUUAACAAGCAGAACAACAAGAUUCAACAUCAUAAACAAAAACAAAAUAACAUGAUCAACAUGAAUAAUGGAUCAGUAGAGAUUCAUGAUUACAUGGAUGAUGAUGAACAAGAAAGUGAAUUUAGGGUUCUUAAAGAAAGGGCUAACAAGUUUAAUCUGAAUCUGAUUAGACGACGACGACAACAACAACAACAACAGAAUUCAAAUAAAAAUUUAGGAAUUAAAGGGAAUUCUUCAUGUGGGGUCAUUGAUCAAAGAACUUUACAAUCAAUCAAAAUGAACAAUACAUCAUCAUACCCAAUGUAUUCCGUUCAUAAGAAUGAUCAGGGUCUGAGAAGGAAAGAAAAGUGGCAACCCAUACCCAUAAUAAAAGAUGGCAGCCAAAAGAGUCUUUCAGCUCAAGAAAGAUUAUCAGAAAUAGAGAUUCCUGAAACGAAAAUGGGGAUUAAUCAUGAAAAUCGCGAUCAAACGAGGAAUGACAUGAAUCCCUUCAUGAAUAUGUCUGGUAAUUUCAUCCAUGGAGGUCCAAAUUUUAUUGGUUUUAAAGGCUUAAAAGUUGUACCAAACAAUGGGUUAUGUCCUACAACAAUGCAUCAUCAUCAUCAACAUCCUACAUCAUCGCUGAUCAACAUGAAUAAUCAUCAUCCAUCAACAUCUAUGAUGAUGAACAUGCAGAAUAGGAUGAUGGGCAUGUCUCAUAAUCAUUAUCAUCAUCCAUACAUUCAUCCUGCAAACAAUUACAAUAUUGGCCCUUGCAUUGCUUACAUGGAUCACCCCAAUUACACUACUUCUGAGAGUUCUGCCUCCCACAUGUUUAUUGAUGAUAGUGAUAAUAGAAGCUGCUCAAUUAUGUAGAGAAGUCAUUGGAGUUUAAAAAAAAAGGCCUUGAAUUUGGGUUAUUUAAACUUUUAAGGACAUGGUUACCUCUAAAGAAAGGGAUGGGAAGAAUGUGUCCUAAAUUUUUAUUCCAACCACUUGUUAACUGUGCAAGUAUUUUCUAUUCCUUGUUUUUGGGUUGAUGUUUUUAGUUGUAGUUUGUAUCACUUGGACUAUGUUGUGUUUAAGUUUAUGUAGUCAACUCGGAAAUGACUUUUGUAUGAGGGUUUAUUUGGCGUAAAAAUUGCAUGUGUAAUAAAUUGGUAAUAGUCAAAGAAUUGAAAU